AUGAUCCCGCCCGGAGACUGCAUGUAUGCCGGCAGGAAGAGAAGGAAACCGAUUCAAAAACAGAAACCGGUUCCGGUAAAUGAGAAGUCCAACCCGUCCAAGCGGCACCGAGACCGGCUGAACGCGGAGCUGGACCGGCUGGCCAGCCUGCUGCCGUUCUCCCCCGACAUCAUCACCAAACUGGACAAACUCUCCGUCCUGCGCCUCAGCGUCAGCUACCUCAGGGUCAAGAGCUUCUUCCACGUCAAUCCCGACAAAGCGUCCCGCAAACCCAUCAGCCAGCCGGUCACUCAUGAGGUCAGGACAGAGGGGCUGCCGUCCGUCACUGCAGUCACUGAGAGCACGCUCUUGCUGGAGUCCCUGACGGGCUUUGCUCUGGUGGUCAGCAGUGAUGGAAUGGUCUUCUACGCCUCGUCCACCAUCAUCGACUACCUGGGCUUCCAUCAGACGGAUGUGAUGCACCAGAAUGUCUUUGACUACAUCCAUGUGGACGAUCGGCAGGAGUUCCGCCGCCAGCUGCACUGGUCCAUGAACCCCACGCAGCACAGCAGCCAGGAGCACCACUCUGCUGCAGGGACCGGUGAGGACUUUGUGGUGAACCGGCUCUUCCAUUCUCAAGAGGCGGGCGGAGUCUCUCCGGAACUUUCUCCCUUCCUCAACCGCUGCUUCAUCUCCAGGGUGAGAUGCCUGCUCGACAGCACCUCCGGCUUCCUGACCAUGCAGUUCCAGGGCCGGCUGAAGUUCCUGCAGGGGCAGAAGAAGAAGACGGCGUCGGGCGCCCCGCUGCCCCCCCAGCUGGCGCUCUUCUGCGUGGCCGUGCCCCUCCUGCUGCCCUCCAUCACCGAGAUGAAGAUGAAGACGAUGAUGAUGAGGGGCAAGCAGAAGAGCGGCAGCAGCGGCAUCAUCACAGCACUGGAGCACAGUGAUGACCAGUACCGGCGGCAUGCUGUGUCCGGCGGGCUGGGGGACGGUGGGGAGGCCGUGCUGCUGAACUGCCCGACCCCGGUGCUGCGACACCACACGCCCUGGACGCCGCUGACCAAAGACUCCGGCGGCGUUGUCGGCGGCGGCGGCGGCCUCAAGUACAAGAGCGACGGCUACUACAACGGGCAGGACGAGCCGCUCGACUUCUGCAAGUCGUCCGGGGCGACGACGGGUCUGAGGUGCAACGUGGUGCCGGACGGAGGCUGGCCGCUGAGGGCGGGCGCGGCCGGCGGCGGUUACCGCGGCAACCUCAACAUGUCCCCCACCACCGCGGCCGCGGCCGCGCGGCUGGGCAAGAUGGGCCACUACAGCAAGCCCUACCGCAUGUCCCCCGGGUACCACCAUGGCGCCCGCGCCGAGCUCUACACGCCCAGGCUGUACGGCGGCAUGCAGGGUGGCAUGCAGGGUGGCAUGCAGGGUGGCAUGCAGGGUGGCAUGCAGGGGGGCGAGGGCAUGGAGGGCUACUGUGCCGCGGACGCCAUCAAGAGCGAGGGCGGCGGCUACGAGAGCCACGGGGGCGCGGUGGGCUACGACGGACGCCUGCUGCCACAGAUGCCCAUCAAGGUGGAGCAGGACUCGGACUCGGAGAACGGCUGCGACGCCUACGGCCGGCCCUGGGGCUGCCGGCCGCCGCCGGACCGUCGCUACGGCAACGGCGGGGGGGUGUACGAGGGCGGCGGGGGCGGCGGGGGGGGGGCCGUGCAGAUGAAGGCGGAGGGGGAGUUCUACGAGCAGUACUCGCCCUGCCAGAGGAGCAAAGCCAUCAUGUCGCCCGCACCCUUCAGUGGACACUACCAGAACCUGUGCGGCACCGGCACUGGCCCGCCACUCAAGUGCGUCCUGAACAAGGAGCCCGCCGGGUCAGGCUCCUCCCACUUCAGCCCCCCGCACAGGCUCCUCCCCUCCGACCCGCACAGGCUCCUCCCCUCCGACCCGCUGUGCAGCGGCCAGGCGCCCAACUGCACGGACGCCCACGGAUACGCCGCCGCAUACGGCUACGAGGUCAAGGGUCACGGAGUCCUGCACGCCAUCAAGCGCGAGCCCAUGGACUCCCCGCCAUGGUCAGGGGUCACACUCACGCAGCAUUCUAUUGUUCUCCGAGGUUUGAGAAGGAAGCCGCAUCGCUCUGCCAUUCUGCACGCCAUCUUCAUGGAGUCGACUGCGCAGCUGGGAACAGCCGGGCCGCCUCUCAACGGCACAAACACCGCCAGAGGGGAUGCUUUAUUCGCCAUGACAACCGCGUCAGGACCGGGCUGA